AAUUCUUUCUACUCGUCUUCUUUUUCUCAGACCAUCGCCGGCAGCAGCAAAAAAAUUCUCCGGCUUCCGGUCGUCACCGUCAACAUGCAGAGGUUUGUAACAGCAAGGGCAAAAUGGGUAGGAGAGUUGCGAGGUUUAUCGCAGCGUUGUUAUUCUCAAUUUGGCUUAGCAUCCCAAAAGGACGAUGAUAUGAUCAUCAAUCCUCAGAUGCCUCACUUCGACUACUCUCCGCCGCCGUACAAUGGACCCUCCGCCGAUGAAAUUUUGAGCAAACGGAAGGAGUUUCUUAGCCCUUCUAUGUUUUACUUCUAUGAAAAAAAUCCGCUGCAUUUGGUACAUGGAAAGAUGCAAUACUUAUUUGACAGCAAUGGACGUCGAUAUCUUGAUGCAUUUGGAGGAAUUGCAACUGUAUCUUGUGGACACUGCCACCCUGAUGUGGUAGAGGCCAUCGUAAAUCAAACCAAACGCUUACAGCACUCGACUAUCUUAUACCUCAAUAACGCAAUUACUGAUUUUGCUGAGGCACUUGCUUCUAAGUUACCUGGUGAUCUCAAGGUUGUGUUCUUCACCAAUUCCGGGACUGAGGCAAAUGAGUUAGCAAUUAUGAUGGCAAGAUUAUACACCGGUUGUCAUGAUAUCAUUUCUCUAAGGAAUGCUUACCAUGGAAACGCAGCUGCCACUAUGAGCACCACUGGGCAAAGCGUAUGGAAAUUCAAUGUAGUACAGAGUGGAGUGCAUCAUGCCAUAAACCCUGAUCCAUACAGAGGUGUUUUCGGUUCUGAUGGUGAGAAGUAUGCGAAGGAUGUUGAAGAUCUUAUUCAAUUUGGAACAUCUGGAAGGGUUGCUGCUUUUAUGUCUGAAGCUAUACAGGGUGUUGGUGGGAUAGUUGAAUUGGCUCCAGGUUACUUGCCUGCUGCAUACAGUGCUGUACGAAAAGCUGGAGGCCUUUGUAUUGCAGAUGAGGUUCAAUCUGGAUUUGCUCGCACUGGAAGCCACUUCUGGGGAUUUGAGAACCAAGGAGUGGUUCCCGACAUAGUGACAAUGGCAAAAGGCAUUGGAAAUGGAAUACCCCUUGGAGCUGUGGUAACGACUCCUGAGAUUGCAGAGGUCUUGUGCCAUAGUAAUUAUUUCAACACAUUUGGUGGAAAUCCUGUUUGUACUUCUGCAGGACUUGCUGUCCUUAGAGUGAUUGAAAAAGAAAACCUUCAAGAAAAUGCUCAUGUUGUUGGUUCCUACUUGAAAGAGCGCCUUAUGGCUAUCAAAAAUAAGCAUGAAAUUGUUGGUGAUGUGAGGGGAAGAGGACUGCUUCUAGGUGUUGAACUAGUGACUGACCGCAAACUGAAAACUCCUGCUAAAGCUGAAACUCUUCAUAUCAUGGACAAGAUGAAAGAUAUGGGAGUACUGGUUGGCAAGGGUGGAUUCCGUGGAAAUGUCUUCAGAAUUACUCCUCCACUUUGUUUCACUAAAGAAGAUGCAGAUUUCGUGGCGGAUGUGAUGGAUUGUGCAAUGUCAAAGAUAUAACGACUCCUCUUCACUACACGCCUCGUACGUGUGUCUAAGAUGCUACAGUUCAACAGCUUGGUAAUUAUCCUAUAGCCAUAUGAUAAUGGCAUAGUUAAUGGAACUCUUUUAUAUAGCUUUUAAUCUUCAUGUAUGUCAGUUGAAAAUCAGCAGCUACUUCAGUACGUACAGUAUCUAACUAUCAUCAUAUAAUAUGAGUCAACAACUCGUUGUCUCUGGA